GCAGUAGACUGGAUAGACUUGCAAAAAUAGAGCGAUGUGGAUACGCUUCUCCAAAGGCCCAGGCCCAGAUGAUGGAGGUACUAGAGUAAUUUUCUGUAUAAGACUUAAGCCUCAGGCAUCCAUACCUCCUGCUGGCCAAUGAAAAGCUCCCCGCUUGAGUCACACAUUGUUUCUCCAGUCAACACCAUGAGAGUGUUAGCAGCGUGCCCCCACCUCGCAGCUAUAACUUCUCGCGCCUGCAAACCCCACUAUCUUGUUGCUACACGGAAUUUUGACCUGCUCUGCAACACAACCACAUCUUCCCCGCGAACAUAUCCAGGUCGACCGACCCGAUCGAUUCAGCAUAUUCACUCCUCUUCGCGAACUUCAAUCCACUCUAUCGCGAAAAUGGCGGAGAGAACCAUUGAUGAGCUCACGUCUCUGCUCAAGCAAUCCACGUUAUCUAGUCGCGUGCCAAAUGAAACGGACCCUGUCAAACUAUCAUCUGCUGUCUUUCCUGAGGCAAGCUACACCGAUGCUGAAAAGGACGAGAUUUCACAAUGGGUCAUUAGCUCAUCACACCUCUCUUCGACGACCGAAGACGCAGCCAAGAAGACGGAGCGACUCUCUCAAUUGAAUACGCACUUUGCUGCGCGAACAACGUUAUUGGGUUCUAAACCUUCUGUUGCCGAUAUCGCUGUGUACCAGGGUCUGGCACCUCAGGUGCAGGUCUGGACAGACGAAGAGCGGACCGGCGAGCACGGCUACCAUCACAUCGUCCGUUUCGUGGACUUCGUCCAGAAUAGUUCCAUCUACGGCCUACAGCUAGAUGUCGCGAAAAAGAUCAGCAUAGAUCCUGACAAUGUCAAGUUUGCUAUCAAACCUGUCGAUAUGAAGGCCGAGAAGGAACGCAAGAAGAAGGAAAAGGAGGCCGCAGCAGCAGCAGCAAAGGGUGCGGUCGACGCUGGGGCAACUCCUACCUCUCUCAGUGGACAAGCCAGUGACCCAACUGGCCAGGGCAAGAAAGAGAAGGCAAAAGGCAAAGUCGAGCAAUUAGGCGACGCUGUAGCUGCGGCAGUGGGUAAGGAGACACCAACAUCAAAGAAGAAGGAGAAGAAAGAGAAAGCACCCAAGGCGAAAGCUCCGCCACCCGCUGAGAAGCCCCUUUCUCCAUGUUUGAUCGAUCUCCGCGUAGGGCACAUUCUCAAGGCUGAAAGACACCCCAACGCAGACAGUCUUUACGUCAGCACAAUUGCUUGCGGCGACGCUCCAGGCACUGAUAACACUUCCGAGUAUGAGGGUCAGACUGUGCGCACAGUUUGUUCAGGUCUCAACGGUCUCAUUCCUCUUGAGGAAAUGCAAAACCGUAAGAUCGUUGCCGUCUGCAAUCUGAAACCAGUAACCAUGCGGGGGAUAAAGUCUUGUGCUAUGGUGCUUGCCGCUUCACCCAAGGUUCCAGAGGGUGGAGAUAGUCAUGCAGGCCCCGUUGAGCUUGUCAACCCACCCGCCGAGUCCAAGGCUGGCGAGCGCGUAUUCUUUGAAGGAUGGGAAGGUGAGCCAGAGCCAGUCUUGAAUCCGAAAAAGAAGAUUUGGGAGACCAUUCAACCAGGCUUUACAACUACAGUUACCAAAGAAGUUGGCUUUGAGGUCGGAGACGUGCCACAGCUCUCUGGCGAAGGAGAAGCCAAGAAAUCAGGGCUAGCUAAGCUCAAGACUGCUCAAGGCCUCUGCACGGUACCUACACUUGAGGGCGCUACUGUCCGAUAAACAAAAUGACUCAACAAAAUAAUGCCAUCAAAUGAAAUGACUGGGAGGCACAACCGAUCCUGCCAUGUCAAACAAAGCAUGAAGGCCCUUGCACUGCCCAUCGGGUCCAUCUGUGAUAACAGAAAUAAGUAGAGACAUACAGCAGAUAAGUCUGAGGGUAUGAAGUGGCAGCUGAAGUAGCAGAUCCGGCAAUAGAGAACUACUAGCGAUAAAGACAAUCGAUUCAAGAUUAUUUCUCAAAACUUCCCACAAGGUCUAACAGAAUACUUCACGUGACAGUUUUCCUAUCAGUCUGUCAAGGGUAUCGUUUCAUCCCCGCAUGUUUCACGAAUCAUUCAAGCCAUGCCGGAGUUAGUAUUCGGGAGCAAAUGAGGCGUUGCUCUCAGUUUUUGAGGGUUUUAUGAAUGCCUCAAAACCAUGGCCAUCACAGCAG